AGCUAUCACACUUGCGCUAUUAUCAACUGCAAGAUUAUCCCGCUUCCAAAAUAACAUUAUGCUCUGAAACUAGCUCAACACUAAUGAUUUCAGUAGUAGAAAAAUGUGCUUUAACAUAUUCUUUUUGAUGAACUUGAUUAGAUACAUGAGUCUGAACAUUUUCUAUUUCAUGAACUUGGACAAAUCACCAUUUUUGGGAAGGUAAUGCUGAGAUUUCUAUCUUUUCCUCAUUGAAAAAUUAACUACUUCUCUAACCAACAGAUUAGGUUGGAAGACUCCUUGUUGAGAUGGUAUGGUCAUUGUAGAAUGAAGAUGAAAGAGAAACACAUGCUCUGGUAACAUACUGAUAGUGUAGAAUUAAAACGAAUACAGAUCCAAUGUUGUUUAAUAAGGAAAGAAAAUACCCAUGUUGAAUGAUCUUAUUUGUAAAAUAAUCAGCAGAGAUCGGAAUUGAGUUAUAUAGAUGCAGAUACCGACCAGAUGAUUUUAGCUUUGCCUGUCACUUGAAUGAAUCGAUGUCCAUAGGUCAGUGUUAUCAGGCAUCACCAAUGAAACGGAGAGUAUUCAAUAAACAACAUUAACGCAUUGUCAUAUCUUUGAUCAUAUACUAAUCAGAUUUUUUGACUCUUUGAGUUUGGUUAUUACUCUAGAAUAUUUCAACUGAAGUAUAUUUGUUUCUUCAGAGUUUAUAAGCUUUGUUUGUUCAUAGAUGCAUUCAAUUUUAUGCUUGCAUUCAUUUAGAUAUCUCAAGACAGUUUUAGAUUCAAAGACUCUCCUUGGAGUCUAAAUGUCACCCAAUGCACCACAUUAAGGAAUCUAUGCUGAGGAAACUACUAGAAGCACUACAAGGCAGAAGAGUGUGAAUCUGUAAUACCGAGGGGCCACAUAUUGAAGGUGCCAAUGAAGAUGCCAAAAUAAAUAAAUAAAUAAAAAAAAGUUGAAUGCUGUGAUAACCUGGAAAAAAAAAACCACCUCUUGAACUAACAGACAGUUAAUAAGUACAUUAUAUAUUGAUAAGAAUGCAGAGGGCAUGCUACUUACAAGUGGAUCCUUGAACUUGCAGAACCUUUUGAGAAGAAAAAUGUUUUUGUUCUGCUUUAGUAUCAAAUAGUAGCUAAUAUUAUGAUUGUUGUGGAAAUAAAGGGGCCUGGACUUAGUCCCACAUCGACUAAAUAGCGGAGAGAUCUGUUCCUUAAAUGGAGGUGGGCUACCUCUUUCUCUUCAGAGACGCUUUUUGCGGGAAAAAACCAUAUGUUGGGAAGAGACUAUGAAAUCCCCUUCAAAACAGACAAUACUUCUGAGGAGAAGCAGUCGCUUCCGCUAUUUAGACUGGUGGGGACGAGGUCGGAGGGCGGCAGAUCCCUCCGUAGCGCUGGACACGUGGGCCGGAGGCCGAUCUCCCUUGACCUUAUUACUGGUGGCCCAUACAGGUCCCCUUGACCCCGGCACAGACCUCCCCACUGGGGGGGCUAUGUUAUGAGAAUAAAGAGGCCUAGACUUAGUCCCAUAUCGACUAAAUAGUGAAGAGAUUUAUUCCUUAAAUGGAGGGGGUCUACCCCUUUCUCUUCAGAGGCGCCUUUUGCGGGGCAAAACCGUGCGUUGGAAAGAGACUAUAAAACCUCCUUCAAAGCGGACAAUACCUUUAAGGAGAAGCAGUCGCUUCCGCUAUUUAGACUGGUGGGGACGAGGUCGAAGGGCGGCAGAUCCCCCGUAGCGCUGGACACGCGGGCCGGAGGCCGAUCUCCCUUGACCUCAUCAAUGUUGAUGUUUCUUACCUAGUUUGUUGUAUUCAGGGUGUACAGCAAGAUAAUUUGGUCCAAGUCUUUCUUCAUAUACAAAUUUACUCUGACAAACAACAUAAUAAUAUAAAUUUAAAAUCUGAGAAUAGAAGUUCAUCAGCUAAUCACUGACAUGUGAAGAAAAAAGCAAAAGACAAUGCUGAUUUAGUUGAAAAAUAGCAAGAGAAAAGGUCUGCACAUACGAGGGACAACAUUUUCUACUGACAUGUGUCACUCCAUUGAGACUUUGUGUAUUAAUCAUUCAUUGUUCAUCAGUAGCUUUGUGCUAUCUAUAAUCAACGACAUGUCUAUAGGUUUUCUAAAGAUAAAUUAACUGCUACAUUCUGUUUUGAGUCCUCUUUCCUUUGUUAUGUACUGUUUAGUGAGUUUGAGGAAAGUGAUAUAUAAGUCACUUAACUGGAUUAUUAUCAUUUCAAUAGUAUUUUUUUUUUCUUUUGCUCAACGUGAUUUUUAAACCGAUUCUUUGAUAGGUCUACCAAACUAAAAUAUUUGUGGUGAUAAUGUUCUCUCGUCUUUUUUCCUGAAAAAAUUGAAAAAUUACGACCAUAUCUCUUUCAUUGUAAUAAUCCAGUGUCAAUUCAUUUAGGAUUCUUUUUCCUUCUAUGCUCACAUGGGCGGCAUCGAAAUGCAUAUUUAUGUUGAAUCAUAUACAAUAUGAUGCCUAGACACAUUAAUUUGUUCUUGUGUGCCCGACGCUAAAUCAAUGUUCCAAAUUUGAAUAUUCUAACCAGUGUGAAACAAGAAUAUCUGGAGAUCCGAACGCUUAAGUGUCUAUCUCAUCACCCUCCUAAAUGCUUUUUCUGGAAUGCUAACUUGAUCUUCCUUGGUCAACAAAAGAUAGAUUAACAGCAAUUCAAACUAAGGUCAUGCAAUCCACCUAACUUCCAAUGUAAUGUUUCCUACCUACAAGUCUCUGGUGACAUCUUACACUGUACCUUAAUUAAGAACAUUUUGGAAGUGGAUGAGGUAUGGUCAUAAUGAUAGAUUGGCGGCCGACGACCACACGCUUAUACGAAAAGCCGUCAAAUUCUUGAGGCAGCCAUGGAGGUCAUAGUUGAUAGUUUAGUUGGACCAGAACUCCAGAAGUAUGACUGAUGAAUUAUUCUUCUAUAAAAGCACAUUCUGAUAUGCAGAAUUCUAUCAGUACAUAAUUGAAAGUUCUUAGAGGCACACUGUUUUUGUUGAGAAUUUCCAUCCUAAUUCAUACUUACAAAGUAGUCUUGAUGGAAAAAUCAAAAUCCAACAUCAAUCUAAUACAGGCCCCAACGUAUGGGAAUCUGAUAACCAUUCUAAGCAUUGAUGGAGGAGGAAUUAGAGGAAUUAUUCCUGCUGUCAUCCUCAGCUUCUUAGAAUCGGAACUUCAGAAACUUGAUGGUGAGGAUGCAAGGAUUGCCGACUAUUUUGAUGUGAUUGCAGGAACGAGCACCGGUGGUCUUGUGACAGCAAUGUUGACUGCACCAGAUGAAGAUAAUCGCCCACUGUUUGCAGCAAAAGACAUAGAAUCCUUCUACCUAGCAGAAAGCCCAAAAAUAUUUCCACAAUAUGGAGGAAUUUUGGCUCCAAUAAUGCGAAUGGUUAGAGCUCUAUGGGGUCCCAGGUACAACGGAAAAUAUCUUCAUAAACUUAUCAGGGAAAAUCUGGGAAGCAUGCGACUGCACCAAACCUUAACUAACGUGGUUAUUCCAACUUUUGACAUCAAGCGGCUCCACCCUACCAUUUUCUCCAGCUAUGAGGUGAAGCGUAAGAGCAUUCUGAAUGCACAGCUCUCGGACAUCUGCAUUGGAACUACUGCAGCACCCACGUACCUCCCAGCCCAUUACUUUGAAACCAAGGAUGCCAAAGGGAACGUGAGAGAGUUCCACCUUAUUGAUGGAGGAGUUGCUGCUAAUAAUCCAGCAUUGAUUGCGAUUCGAGAAGUAACGAAGGAGGUGCACAAAGGGAACCCAGAUUACUUCCCCUACAGACCUAUGGACUAUCGCAAACUUCUACUUAUAUCAUUAGGAACCGGUUCAGCAAAGGUUGAAGAAAGGUACACAGCAAAACGUGCUAGCAAAUGGGGAGUUCUGGGGUGGUUGCUGAGUGGCGGAUCCACGCCAUUGGUGGAUGUGUUUAUGCAAUCAAGUGCUGAUAUGGUUGACAUACACAUUUCAGUGGUCUUUCAGGCCCUCCGGUCUGAAUCAAAUUAUCUUCGGAUUGAGGAUGAUACUUUGAACGGGACUGUAUCUUCUGUUGAUGUCUCCACGAAGGACAACUUGCAGGAUCUCGUUAAGAGGGGUGAGCAGUUGUUGAAGAAACCAGUCUCAAGGGUGAACCUGGAGACUGGUGUGUUUGAAACAGUAGGGAAUGGAGAAGGAACAAACAAAGAUGCUCUUAGAAGGUUUGCUAAACUCCUUUCACAUGAAAGAGGACUCCGUGAGUCAAGAUCCCCGCAUGUGAAAAUGCCCAGAAAACAUUAAUGUGCGUCGCUCGGUGUAACUCCAUGAAAUUUUUCCUUUCUUGACGGGAGAAGAAGCCAAUUGUACACUGUAUGCAAGCAAUAUACGAAUUCAUAUAUGGUGGAUGAAGUUAAUUCAUGCAAUUCAAGAAAUAAUAGCAUUGCGACACUGUAGGCAAAUUUGCCAGAAGGAAAGUUCUGUAGAUUAGUACAUUUUAAAAAGGCAAUAUAAUUCAUUCAUUCUAUUCUAAAA